AUGCUUCAUCUUUUUCAACUCUUUCUUUUGCUUCUAGCCCUCAUCCCUCGUGAAGCCAUAGCCCAAUAUCCACCACCUUACACUUCUUUUUUUGCUCCACUCCACAAGCACACGGAUGCCGUUAACCCUCUCUACAGUGUUCAGAUCAUGACAGCAUACGUAAACAUGCAAUUCGUGCAUUCCUACUUCCUUAUAGACAUCGAUGCUCCUGUCACAUGGCACGAUUGCAUUGUGCAAUGGAAUAUGUAUCCAGGCAGUUGCCCUGACAACACGCUUUGCACCUCUCCGGUCUCUUGCGACGAAUAUCAAUGUACAGAAGUACAGACUUCUUACUCUUAUAAAAGUCCUUAUUGUCCUCGGGUAAAAGAUACUACUCCAUCACCUGAAGGAUACUGCACAUGCUCAAUAAAUGUAAUGAACCCGAUAAACUGGCCAUGUAGUCAAGCUUUACUUAACUAUGACAACUUUUUUGUGAACACAAGUAAUGGUAGGAACCCUCUUCCUGGUUUCUAUGCUGCUUUCUCAAACGCAGCGUGUGCUCCUUCGUCAGCAUUCGAAUCGUUCCCAGCAAAUGUUACUGGUGUCAUGGCACUUUCCUUGUCCCCUUCUGCCUUUCUAGUUUCUUUAGAUCAACCACCACUUAAAAGAACAUUUUCUCUUUGUUUACCUAGCACCUCUUCUGCUCCUGGGAUUUUAUUCUAUGGAAAUGGUCCUUUUCAUCUUCUUCCACAAUCUAAUAUUGAUGUAAAAAAUUUCCUUUCUUAUACACCAUUAUUAAAGCAUCCGGAUUCGUUUGGAUACUUUAUUGGUGUCAAUUCCAUUGUAAUUAAAACGAGGUCUAUCGACAUUCCAGGAAAUACCACUGCCAAGCUUAGUACAAUAGAACCUUACACCACUCUUAGAACAGACAUCUAUAAUCGCGUGGUGAGGAGGUUUUCAAUGGUUACAAAACGAUUCCCUCCUGCAAACCCGAUAGCACCGUUUGGUCUUUGUUUUAGCACCUUCACCAAUGGUACCAAAGUUGAUUUAAAAGUUCCUGAUAUUGAUUUCAAUCUCCCUGAUGGGAAGAAGUGGGCUAUAUCCACUGCUAACUCCAUGAAACAGAUAACAUCAGACGUUGCGUGCCUGGCGUUUGUUGAUGGCGGUGCUACAAGUGAACAUGCAAUCGUUAUUGGGACAUAUCAGUUUGAGGAUAACUUUCUGUUGUUCGAUUUAGAGAACUCGAUUUUUGGAUUUAGUUCUUCGUUGUUACGUAAGAAAACAUCUUGUGCAAACUUCAACUUUACCAUGGGUAGUGGUUAA